AUGGAGUCUGGAGGAGUGAUUGCAGAGCCAAGCUGGAGUUUGGUUGAUGUACCAUUUCAGGCUGAGGAGUCGGAGAUAAUGGAACAGCUGCUUGGUACCUUCCCCUCUAAUGGUGAGGAAGAUCACCAAGAGUUUCCUUGGCCUAUUCAAGCUUCCAAUUCAUUUUAUUUCCAUUGCAAUGCUAGUGCAAGUACAUAUAGCUCCACGAGUAGCAAUGGUUCUGGUAGUCUCAGCCUUAUUAUGCCAUCUGAACAUGGGGGCUACUAUUUAAGUGACUCCUGCACUGCACCACUGCACUUAAACAUGGUUCAGAAUCAAGGUGCAGCUCUGUUCAUGGAUUCCAUUCUUAACCCUUCUUACGGGAGCUGUGAUUCAAGCUGUGAUGAUCUUGGGGAUUCAAGCAUGAACCUGCUCGAUUCCAUUGGUACUUCUGACAAGAGAAAGCACCUGGAACAAGGCAAACUGGAUGGCCACACAAGAAGUCGAAAAUAUGCAAAGAAGUCUGAUUCUAAGAGGGCCAAGAAGAUCAUGCAACGGGAAGAUGGACAAAGCUUGAGUUCCUGCACCUUUGAAAAUGACUCAAAUGCUUCUCAAGGACGGCCUGUUUCUGAUAACCUGGGUGGCAAGGCUAAAGCUGACCGCCGGUCCGCAACAGAGUCCCAGAGCCUCUACGCAAGGAAAAGAAGAGAGAGGAUCAAUGAGAGGCUGAGGAUAUUGCAGAACCUUGUACCAAAUGGAACCAAAGUAGAUAUCAGCACUAUGCUUGAAGAGGCGGUGGAGUAUGUGAAGUUCUUGCAGCUUCAAAUCAAGCUCCUCAGCUCUGAUGAAAUGUGGAUGUAUGCUCCGAUCGCAUACAACGGGAUGAAUAUUGGAAUUGAUCUGAACCUCUCUCAGCGUCGAUAA